AUAAUUAUAUUUUGUAAAAGUGAGAGAAAAAAAAAAAGAAUAAAUAAUCCAAAUUAUAUUUUUUAAGGCGCGUAUUUUCAACACUUUUCUUUUUGGAUUUCGCUUAUUUUAUGAAUUCGUAGAUAUGCUUCUUGAUUCCCUUGAACUAAAUCAAAAUAAAAUGAAUUCAGCGUUACCCGCACAAAUUCAUAAUGGCGAUUCCAUUUACGCUAGCGAAAGUUCUUAUCGUGUCAAAGAGGACUUAUCACGCAUGCUCGAUCAAAUAAUAAUAGUAGAACCGGACCAAAACACCUAUCAAAAUAAUGGCGCCUCGAAAAAUGAAACUAUCAAAUACUUAGUCAUAACGUCUCCCGAAGACCAAAAUUCUUACCAACGAGUCAAUGAUACCACAAAUACCAAGCCCCCACGAUACAAAUACUACGACGAAAAAACUUCUAAGUUACAAAAAUACGUGUUCGGUCAACACGCCAUCAUUCGGCAUCACCAAGAAGGAACUAAAUUACAGCAACAAAAUUUCCAAAGUAAAGAAAACAUUUCGAUUAAUUCUCCGUCGAAUUACAACGGUUCCAAUUAUUUGUCCCUUAAUUUCUCUUCGGAAAUGAAUUCUCUCUUUGACGCUAACAUUAAGGAAUCGCAUGCUACUCUUGACAAAUAUUAUUUUAAUGACGGCGAAAGAAAGACGCCAUCUUUAUUCGUAACAUCCGAUCGCAACUCUAAUAAAACGCCAUACUACGUUGAAGAUGUAUCGCUACCCAGUCAAGAUAUAGCAUCUUACAAGCUCAUAAAGCAUCUGAGUUCCGAAAUCGGCCAAGAUAACGAUUCCUGCACCAGCCCAAAUUCUUUCGAACCUCAAUGGAGAGACAGGUGCAAUACAUGGCCUCUUCAAAGGAUAUUUCAAGGCGAAGGAGACCAGCACUCUGAACAGUCAACCCGAGAUACUAUCAAUACCCCAUUUAGCAUUAAAGAUAAUCUCGAAAAUUCUAUUAUGACUAAUAAUCAUCUUCUGAAACUUCCCUUUGACCAUAGACGCCCGUCUAGCAUCAGGUCAGAUAUUAUCAAAGAAGAGAUAGAAGAGAACUAUAGCACAUAUGGAAAAAAUGAAGAAAAUGAAUUUAUAAAUGUCUCAAAAUGCUCCAAUCGUCUAUACCAAACACCCACGACUUCUUACCUUUCAGAAAAUGAUCAAGGAUUCUCAAAAAACGAAAAUUACAUGACUAAGAAAACGUGGAAUGCUAAUAAUAAUUAUUUAAAUUAUCAUUUAUAUGGUAAUUCCGAAAGAACUCGUUCAUCCAUUUUUGGGAGGGGUGAUACCAUUUUAUCCUAUGAUCCCCAGCCCCUACCCAUCCUAUCACACGAAGACAUAAUGUUCGAAGAAGAUAAUUAUAUGUCGUCUACCGAGGAACCGUAUAACUAUUCAAAUCAAACCCAUAAUCUAUACAAUGGAUAUGAACCACACGUUUAUAACACCUUAAGGGGAAUAUCUCAUCCGUCUCCCAUAUCCGAUUUUCAUAUAAAAAGAGAAAAUUCAUACAUUCUCAACAAUCCGAAAGAACCAUUCGAAAAGGGCCACAUUGCUCAGCAUAUUUUAUCCCACACAUCGAAUUCCGAUUCAUUCUCAAAAAAAAUUAAAGACUAUCAUUAUAAUCAAUUAAAAGUUUCUCCGCAAUUCAUGUCUAAUUUUCCGGUUAGCCCGAACAAUAAAAAUGGAAGCUCUACCCCAUCUAUAAAAGGGUUUUCCUCCGAUCAACAUAAUGACAAUGAUUAUAAUAAUAAUAAUACGAAUGAAGAAAAUGAAAAUGAUUAUAAAAAUAGUAUGAAUGGUACUGGCGGAGUUCCGACUUCUAGACGAAACGCUUGGGGAAAUUUUUCUUACGCCGAUUUGAUAACCAAAGCUAUACUCACUUCGCCCGAUAAGAGGCUCACCUUGUCCCAGAUUUAUGAUUGGAUGGUUCAAUACAUUCCCUAUUUCAAGGAUAAAGGCGAUAACAACAGUUCGGCUGGAUGGAAGAAUUCGAUAAGACACAAUCUCUCAUUACAUAAUCGAUUUAUUCGGGUUCAAAAUGAGGGUGCAGGUAAAAGCUCCUGGUGGAUGAUAAAUCCAGAAGCCAGGACAGGUAAAACGGUCAGAAGACGUGCGGCCACCUUAGAUAAUACAAAGUCUUGCAUUACCAAACGUGGUAGGAUUAGAAAGAGAACUAAUACAUUGCAAAAUAAUAACCUCAAGCCUAAUAAUCUAUCUAACUCCUGCUCACCCAAAAAUGAAUAUUUAAUGCCUCAAACAACCCCUCAAUCUCUUUAUAAAUCCUCAGUUCUUCACCAAACGCUAACAACAUCUCAACAAGUCAAAAUACCUUCCUUUUUUCAAAGAAAUAAUAGCUUUUCUAUAAACAAGAACCCAAACAGUCCAUUAUCAACCUCGUACACGGCAUCUCAGCAAUCUUCUCUAACUGUUGCAGGAAAUGAUAGAUCAUCAAUAAUUUAUUCACCGAGCAAUAAUAAUCGUGAUCAUUCCACUGAAACCUACACAAUUCCUCAAAAUGUUAGCAUGGAAUUCGCAUAUGAUAAUUAUAAAAACCACGAUUCUAGGAUGUCUUUGAAAGGUCAUAAUUCUAAUGGUUACCAACAUGUUAUAGAGUAUAAAAAUGAUACUUCUCAAGCAACCAACCGUGAAUAUGACAAAUUCUUGACAAAUAACGAUAUUUAUCAUUACAAUAGACCUGAUUCAUACAUGAAAUGUUAUAUGCCAACUUCUUCUAGUAGUUACCAACUUAAUGGAAAUUUCAACCAAGCUGACUCCAUGGAUUAUAAAAUCGCUUCAAAUUUUGGAAAUGAAGAUAAACUGGCCGGGAAUAAUUUAUACCCCAAUAUUUAUUUGCGUAAAUUCGAAAACAAUAUGGUAUCCCUGAUAGACUCUACAUCCGGUUCAAACAAAGUAACUUCGUCCUCACCAACACCCUCAGAAAAUAUCGAGGACAGUUUACUGCGACAAACAUUAAAAAAACCAAUCCACGAACCUUAUUGUCACAGAAAACUUGUUAAAGAACACUACAUGGAUCAAGUAUUUAAGUCCGAAUAUUGCGAAAAAGAAGAAGGUUCAACACCCAUAUUAUUCGCCAAUUAUAACAUAAACACAAAUAAUCAUCCAAUCAAAAACAAACUUCAAGAAAAUUACCACCACAAUUCAAAUGAUUUGACUAUAACUAAUGGAAAUUUCGCUCACGAUAAUUAUUGUUUUCCUAAACAAAAACGCGAUUUUGAACAUUACAAGUCUCUCCCACUUCCGAUAUUAUGCCGAGAUCAAUACACCAAUUCUGUCAUAGCGGAAUCGGGUAAAUCCAAAUCUGAAUGCCCUCCUUUAAAAUACUUUUUUUCGUCUAGCAAUCAAGUUUCAAUAUAAAGAAUGGAGUUUGUGUGCCCAAAUUCCUUCAAAAUUUAAUGAUAAAAAAUAUUUGAAAAACCGAUUGAAAUAAUGAUGUUUAACGCAAAACGUAAUUUAUCAAUUGAAAAUUUGCUCAUAAAAUAUUUUGUUAUAUGAAACGAAGAAUGAUUUAUAAAAUAAUGUAAUAUAAAUUAAUAUUAAACUUUCUUAUAUACUAUAUUAUAAAAUAGCAGACUUUUUUUUAAAAAAUAUAUAUAAUUAUUUAUAAUCAACAUUUGUAUCUGAUUGCCAUAAAUAUUCUAUAAGUUACAAUAUUGUUAGGUGCUUUUGUCUGGAAAUUGAUGAAAGUAAAUAUUAAAAUAUUAUAUUUUUUUUCUAACAAAAUAUGAUUUCGCUCAAAAAAAAAUUUGCAAUUCAAUUUUGUUUAUGUAAAGUUUAGUUUUCUAUAUAAUCAUUUACAUAAUAUUUUUUAAAUCAUAGUCAAAAGUCAAAUUUUAUACCAAUGAUAACAACCUACCUACUAUUUUUUAUAAUCUAAAUAAAAUUCAAAAUUAUAUAUAUUUUAAAAUCUUAUUAUAACUUUUCGUAUCAAGAGGAAGAUAUCUUUCUUUUUUUUUAAGUUUAAAAUUUUAUGGGGUGCACUUAAUUUUAUAUAGUGAUUUAAUAUUUUAUAAAGUGAUUUAAUAUUUUAUUUUAUGUGCUAUAUAUUUAAAAGCUAAAAUGUAAUCAUUAUUUUGUAAAAAGUAUCUCCGUAUACAUUAUAUUUUUUAAAGAG